AUGAGAAGCAACAUGGUUAAGGUUGAGGUCAAUAUUGAAGAUGUUAAGAUUGUUAAUUCAAAGUAUGCUAGUUAUGGGAUUUUGAUUAUUCUCAAGAGUGUUGACGGGUCUAUUCAGUAUUAUGAUAAGAAGGUUUAUAGACGGUAUUCUGAAUUUUUUAAAUUGAAGAAAAACCUAGAGAGAGAGUUUGGUGUUGAGAUACCUUACGAGUUUCCUGAUAGGCUAUUUGUGAUAUGGGUAGGGAGCAAUAUUGAUCCUGAUGUGAUUGAAUCCAGGAGAAAGAAGCUAUCUAAGUUUCUGUAUGAUCUUUUGAAUGAUUCCUUUGAUAGCAAGUGGAAGAAUUCAGAUUAUGUCAGUGAGUUUUUAGAUUUACGCAACGAUUGGGACAGUUACUAUACUAGUAAUGGCAGCAAUGUUGAACAAAAACUUACUGGGAAGAACAAUAGUGUGGCAGCUGCCGUGGAAUCUUUGGAUUUAAAAGACUCCAUGAACUGGGAAAUAUUUUAUAGAAAUUGUAAAGAUGAAUUGCAAAUGUGUAAGAGAAAUAAAAAUAAAGGGAUCAAUAUAACUAAGGAUUUGAUGCAAUUGAGAUUAAAACUUAUAGAAUUAGAAAACCCACUAGAUACCUAUGACAGAAGUACUGUUGACGUGGAUAAAAAUAAAAAUUUGUUAAAGUUAUUGAAAGACGAAGUUAAUGAAUUGUCAAUAACUGCGCCAUCAUCAAUAUCGGAACUUCGAAAUACUAGUGGUAACGGUAGCAAUAGUAAUAAUAAUAGCGAGGAUUCAUUAAGAAAAUCGUUAUUCCCACAAACUACAAAACCUUAUAAAAAACCAUCGGUUGGAAGAAGGAAACUUGGUGAAACUGAAGAAACAAUAAAGAUGAAUAACCAACAAUUACUACAAAAACACAAAGAUGUGAUGCUGGGACAGGAUGAAGAACUACAUCAAUUGAAGCAAGUAGUACAAAGGCAAAGAAAUAUUUCAAUAGAGUUAAAUGAAGAAUUAAGUUACCAAAAUGAACUAUUAGACCUGAUGGAUAAUGACAUCAGUGGAACCGGUCAUAAAUUACGUAGAGCAAACAAUCAAGUAAGACAAAUCAAUAACGAUUCAUGA